AUGGCUGGACAACAAACAAGGGCAAGGAGAGAAAAUCCGCAGCCACAGCGCGAGAAUGACGAUAUGCCACUGCUCCAAGAGCAAGGACUGUCUCCACCACCAUACAACACGCGAGAUUCCACCCAGAGUGCACCGCAGGAUAUUCCUAUGUCUGGCACUGGCACCGGCUUUGUUCCCAUCGAUCCCAUAUUCCAUGAGGCCCCUCCCCCCACCUACGGCACUGUGCUUGAAGAGAUCAAACAAAUUUUCGCCUUCAACUGUGCCUCUUAUCUAUACAUGAGAUCCACAGUAUUCUUCGCCCUGGGAUCACUUUUUGAAGCUGAUAUCAAUGACCAGAGCGAUGGAAGUAACAAUGAAAAUAUUCUCAAUGACAAUGAGAACAAUGAAUCCCAGCCUUGA